AUGGCUUGGCCACAUUUGUUCAGAGCGGUAGGGCCCUUGUUUCCUCAGUGCAGUCCUCACCACGUGACGGUGUUCCUGCUCACCUUCACCAGUUACAUCCUGUAUCAUACUUCGAGGAAGACCUUCAGCGAUGUGAAAGUAUACAUCACCAGUCACUGUACACCUCUCUAUUCCGACGUGUCCCCCAAUGGUACUUAUUUUUUCUUGAAUACCAAGCAAGCCAUCCUUCCUGGGGGGACGUUGGAUACCAUUUUCCUCUUCUCCUACGCGAUGGGGAUUUUCAUCAAUAACAUAAUUGGAGAGUGGAUCAGUCUGCAGCUGGUCAUGGCCAUUGGCAUGUGCUCCUCAGCCCUAGUGUUCUUCUGCUUUGGCACACUAACCAAUUUUCCCCACUUUUACAACAAAUGGUUUUACAUCUGUCUGUGGGUGCUCAACGGCUUGCUUGAAUCCACUGCCUGGCCCUGUGUUGUGGCCAACAUGGACAACUGGUUUGGCUUAACUGGCCAGGGCUUUGUGUUUGGACUCUGGAGUGCCUGUGCCUCUAUGGGCAACAUCUUGGGAGCAUGUCUGGCCUCUUUGCUUCUGCAGCAUGGCUAUGAAUACACCCUGGGCUAUGCCAACAUGGAGCUGGUAAAUUAUUGCUUCCUCUUUUGGCUGCUAUUUUAUCUAAACAGCAGCUUUGGGUGGAGGGAAUCUCAGGUCAGCCAGCUUUCAGUCUGGUAUGAUGCUGAAGGAAUUGUAGGUGGAACAUUUCAGGGCUUCCUCACAAAUGUGGUCCAGAAGAGAUCUAUGUUAGCAGUGUGUGUGCUUCUGGCCAUUGGGUCCCUGGUUAGAUAUAGCCAUACUCCCCAAACCAAGGCUAUCACCGCACUGCUGAUGUCAAUUACAGGGCUUUUCAUUGGUGGACCCUCAGAUGUAAUGGGUUCUGCCAUUCCCGAUGAUCUAGGUUGCCAGGAGCAGAUGAAAAGGAGCAGAGAGGCCUUGGCCACAGUUACAGGCAUUGUGGAUAGAACUGUUAGCAUGGGCACAGCCGUGGGACAGUAUUUAGUAUCUCUGAUCCAAGACAAACUAGGAUGGAUGUGGGUUUUCUAUUUUUUUGUGCUCAUGACAGGUUGUACCAUUCUCUUAAUUUCCAUACUACUACUGAGGGAAAUAAGAGAUUUUGUACAAAAAAGGACAACCCAGACAUUUAGAGAAUGA